AGGGUAAAAUGGACAUGUGGAAGAGGUGUAUUUCAAAAGAAGUGACCAGCACACACUUUGUGAAGAGAAAUGGAAUAGACGGAACAGGAGUUGCGUUUGCCCCAGAGAAAACGGGAGACCCAGCUGGACAUAAGCUUGACCUAGCUAUCUUCCCGGGAACUAAGUGGUGUGGACUGGACAAUGUAGCUUCUAGUUAUGAUGAUCUGGGAAAAUAUAAGAAUACAGAUAUGUGUUGUCGUGACCACGAUCACUGCCCGUAUUUCUUAGAUCAUUUUGCCGAGAAAUAUCACCUUCGGAAUCCAUACCCUUGGACUAUCAGUCACUGUGAUUGUGACACUGGAUUGUUUAACUGUCUAAAGAAAAUUAACUCUACAACAUCAAACGAAGUUGGAGAAAUGUUUUUUGGUCUCCUGAAUGUGAAAUGUAUCAAGUUUGAACAGGGGCAAUACUGCGCUAAAGAGCAUUGGUCAAAAUUGUGGUGUGAAGAGACGGCAAGUGGAGAAAAGGCGGUCUUACACUCGUUUCCGUAUAAAUGGGCAGACGAUGUUAUUGGAUAAAA